GGCUGAGGCGUCCCGCGGAUCCGUGAGGGUUCGGCCGCUCCGAGGGAGCCCCAGUAGGGAAGACCAAUUCCAGGAUGAAACGCGAAGCAUUUUUGCAAGUUGUGUCUAAAGAGACAAUUGAAGACUUCCUGUGCUACACUCAGAAUCGUAAAAACAAAUUUGAUCAUUUUGACUUGAAUGAGCUACUUCAAGAAUUGCCAAGAAAGCAAAAAGAAGUGCUAUGGCAGAGGUUGACACAGCUAUUGACAGAGAGCUUAAUGGAGAAUCCUGUGGAAACAUGGCACAGGACUGGAGAUGGUGACAGUGAUGAUGCCAUGGAAGUUGAGAUAGUUCCAGAAAUGAAACAGACUGUAGCAGUGAUCCAAGGAGUGGCAGCUGUUGUGACUGCUUCCAUACCUGCAGUGGAUGAAAAUGUAAACUACAGAGCUCUUGUAGAAUGUGUUUUUAUAUUAAAUGGUAUUCUUCCUGCAUUAUCUGCAUCUGAAAAAAUCCUACAGGAUGCCAUCCAACGUGUGUGUGAAAUGUGGUGGGAGAAGGGACUGGAGGGGAAGGAGCAGCUGGGGAAGACUCUGUUUGUCAUUCUGCUGAGAAAAAGCCUCAAUAAAGUUGCUACGGGUGCAGAUAUAGUUCGUGUAUGGAAUCUACAUCAGGCAUUAUUUUGUUUUGAUUAUGAUUCAGAUGAGAGUAAUGAAGUCAAGGACUUGUUGCUUCAGUGUUUUAUGAGUGUAAAACACAUUAAGAAAGAAGAGGGAAGAAGACUCUUAAGUUUUUUGUUCAGCUGGAAUAUAAACUUCAUUAAAAUGAUACAUGGGACUGUUAAAAACCAAUUACAAUUCUUUCCAAGAGCCUUGGUGGAAUACAUUGCAGAAGUUUACUUCAGGGCCUGGAAGAAGGUGUCAGUAGAAUUCAUAGAGGUUAUUGAAUACAAUUGCAUUCAAGAUUUCAUGCAUCAUGGAAUUCAUCUUCCCAGAAGUUCUCCUGUUCAUUCGAAAGUUAGAGAAAUGCUGAGCUAUUUUCAUAAACAAAGUAAAGUCCGUCAAGGAGUUGAAGAAAUGCUCUAUAGAUUGUAUCAGCCCAUCCUCUGGAGAGCACUAAAGGCCAGAAACUCAGAAGUUCGAGCAAAUGCAGCAUUUUUGUUUGUUGAUGCUUUUCCUGUUCGUGAUCCCAGUUUUACUGCUGACGAGAUGGACAAUGAAAUUCAGAAACAGUUUGAAGAACUUUUUAAUCUCUUAGAAGAUCCUCAUCCAGUUGUCCGCUCUACAGGGAUACUUGGAGUUACUCAGAUCAUAUCUAAAUACUGGGAGAUGAUUCCUCCAACAGUUCUUGCUGAUCUUUUAAAAAAGAUAACUGGAGAUCUGGCAUGUGAUAUAACAUCUGCUGAUGUUCGAUGCUCUGUUUUUAAAUGCCUACCAAUAAUUUUGGACAACAAGCUAAGUCACCCACUCUUGGAACAGCUCCUGCCUGCAACCAAACACAGUCUUCAUGACAGUUCUGAGAAGGUGCGAGUGGCUUUUUUGGACAUGCUGCUCAAAGUGAAGGCUACCAAGGCUGCUAAGUUCUGGAAUAUCUCUCCCAUGGAGCAUCUGCUGUCUCGCCUUGAAGCUGACUCUCGGCCGGUGUCGCGGCGCAUUGUGAACCUCCUGCUGAACUCCUUCUUCCCCAGUGCCCAGCCCGAGGAUGUGUGGUGUGAGCGCUGUGUCACUCUGAUCCAGAUGAAUCCAGCAGCAGCCAGGAAGUUCUAUCAAUAUGCCUGUGAAUUCACUGCCCCCACCAAUAUAGCUAAAUUGAUGCUCACUAUUCGGAGCUGCUUGAAUGCCUGCAUCCAGAAAGCAGUGAAAGAGAGUCUUAAUGAUAGCAGGGAUGAUGAUGAUGAAGAUGGAAAUGAAAAGGAGAACACCAGUGUGCUGGAUAAUGUGUUGUCAGUAAAUGAUGUGGCCAGCAUGGCAAGUUUGUUGGAGAUCACUGUAAUACUCUGGAGAAGCAUCCGCAAAGCACUAGAUCACAAUGAAGAUGCCAAGGAUUAUGCUAUCAGGAAGUUUGCUUCUGUACUUCCUGAAUAUUUUAAAGUAUUUCAGGAUGAGCGGUGCAUGGCUCCCUUGAUUAUUCUGGCAUCUUUUAUGCCCCCUGGUGCUAUUCCUACAUUCAGCUGUGGUGUGGUUUCCAGACUCAGAAAUAUUGACAGUGGAGCUGACCAAAGCAAAUAUUCUAUGCUGAUCGACUGCCUGUGCCACUGGGGUCAAGUGGGGCACAUUAUGGAAUUAGCCUGCGAUUGGCUGUCUGACUCGCUCACCCCAACAAAGAAUACUAAAACAUCUGGGCGUCGAGUUUGUAUCCAUGUAACACAUGAAUCAAAGCCAGACUUGGCAGUUGAUUACAUUGAGUAUUUAUUGACCAAUCCUGUCAGUUGUGGUUUCCUCCUUUCUGUUCCUAAAAAUAGACUGAAGAAGCUUUUGAAAAUCCUUGGUACUGCAAAGAGAGUUCUUGGCUCAAUUCUGAAGGGAACAGAUUCUGGUGGCUGGAAUCAAGCAACCAGCUUAAGAGCCUUCAGCCUCUUUUGCAGAUUGAGUAUUCAUCUUCAGCAGAAGUUUUCUGAAGAAGGAAAAGAUCACCUUUCACUUCUGAAGGAGACAGGUGCUUGGAUAAGAAGUCAAGUUGUACCUUUUUUAUUAGCAAGUGGUCAAGAGGAUGGUAUUGCAAAACACAGCGAUGUUUCCGAAUUAAUUAUCCAGGCCUACCUGACAGUGUGUAAAGAUGUCAUAAUGGUGGGCCUGGGAAAUGUCACGUUUCAAGCACACCUUUUAGAAUUGGCCCUUCAGAUUAUGCAAACAGAGAGAGGUGGCUCUUGUGCUCCAGUGUUGCUGUGUACUCUAAAAGAAAUUAUUGAAGCUUCUUUAAAUCAGAAUACUGAGACAGAGGAAGUGACAAAUCUUUUCCACACUCUACAGAAUGUCUUUCAGAAAAUUUUAGAAUGUGUGGCACAUAGACUUAAGAAAGAACGGGAAGGAGGAAUUCAGUUGAUUCACUCUAUACAGAUGCCUCUUGGAGAAUUCAUCCAUGCACUGCAGUGCUGGCAUUCCUCAUUCCCAGCAGUUCACCGGGGUAUACUCUCCACUCUCCUGGCUGCAAUAGUAGCAGAGAUAAAUUGUAUGCUACAGAAGGCUUCCAGUGAAAAAGACUUGAUUAUACCAAAGACUAUUUCAGAUCUUCCCCCUCUUUCAAGCAGUUUAAUGGCUGUCAUUAUGAAGUCAGUUAAUGUUGUCAGGUCAGUUUUAAAAGAAUUAAUGGAGUGCAUUCUCUCUAAAGAAAUUGAAGGGAUUUUUAGUCUAACUGCUGCUGUCUGCAUUGUGAUUGUAAUUAAAGGUAAGCACAAAACUUCACUUCUAAAGGAUAUUGCACCUGCCAUUCAAACGAAGCUAAUAAUAUGCAAGGACACUGCCACAGGAGAAUCCAGCAGCACUGAAAGAUUCCUGUAUGAAUCAUCUCUGAAAAUUUUGGAUGAGUUUUUGAAUCCUUGACCACGCAGAAGCUUUUGUCGUGAAAAUUGAGAGAAGAUGUAUUGCUUUGUAAAAAACUUACCUUGUAAACUUCUGAAUUGCUUAAGAUUAUUUUCUGUUAUUCUGUACAUUUAAAGUAAGCAAAUGUAUAAAAGUGUGUAUAGACAUUAGGUAAUAGUAAAGAUUUUUAAACAGCU